UGUGAGUCGCCCCCAGCCAUCUCCAAUGGAGACUUUCACACCAGCAAUAGAGAGAAUUUUUACUACAGAAUGGUGGUUACUUAUAAGUGCCAUGUUGGACAGAAUGGGAAAAAGCUGUUUGACCUCGUGGGUGAGAAGUCAAUAUAUUGCACCAGCAAAGAUAAUCACGUUGGCAUUUGGAGCAGCCCUCCCCCUCAGUGUAUUCCUCUAGUCAAAUGCCCAAUUCCAGAAGUUGAAAAUGGAAUCGUGGAAUCUGGAUUUAGGCCUUCAUUUUUCUUAAGUGAUUCUGUGAUGUUUAAGUGUAAGCCUGGCUUUACCAUGAAAGGCAGCAACAUAGCAAGGUGUCAACCAAACAGCACAGGGAAUCCUCCACUGCCAAAGUGCUUCAAGGGGUGUCUACCACCUCCACAUAUCCACCAUGGCAAUUAUAGAAACAUGGAUAAGGAAUUAUUUCUAAUCGGACAGGAAGUGUCCUACAGCUGUGAGCCUGGCUACACUCUCAUUGGAACUAACACUAUGCAGUGUACAUCCUUGGGAACCUGGAGCCAUACAGCUCCCAAAUGUGAAGUGAAAUCAUGUGAUGCCAUUCCAAAGUAUCAAUUACACGGCCAACCUUCUAGCCAGUGUGUAAUUGUUGGACAGAAAACUUUUUGGACCAAGAUGCCAGUUUGUGAAGAAAUUCUUUGUCCACCACCUCCUCCUAUUCUCAAUGGAAGGCAUUCAGGCAGCUCUUCAGUGAACGUUCUGUACGGAAGCACAGUCACUUACUUUUGUGACCCGAGCCCAGAGAAAGGAGUGAAUUUCAUCCUUGUUGGGGACAGCACUAUCCGCUGUACCAAUGGUAGUCAGAAGACUGGGACCUGGAGCAGCCCUGCCCCACGCUGUGAACUUUCUAUUCCUGAGGCUCACUGCCCACCUCCCCAGAUCCUAAGAGGCAAAAUAUUAUCUGGGCAGAAAGAUCAAUAUUCCUAUAACGACACUGUGGUAUUCGCUUGCGUAUCCGGCUUCAAAAUGAAGGGCAGCAAGGAAAUCCGAUGUGAUGCCCAAGGCACAUGGGAACCAUCGGUACCAGUCUGUGAAAAGGAUUGUCAGGCUCCUCCCAGGAUCCUCCAUGGGCAAACGAAAGACAGACACAUGAUCCACUUUGGCCCUGGAACAUCCAUCAGAUACAGCUGCGACCCUGGCUAUGUGCUGGCGGGAGAAGAAUCCAUACGUUGUACCUCUGAGGGAGUGUGGAGGCCUGCUGCCCCCACAUGCAGAGUGGCAGAGUGCGAACCCAUAGGAAAGCAAGUCUUUAAAAAACCCGAGGCCCAAUUUAUUAGAGCAGAUGUUAACUCUUCUUGUGAUGAAGGACCACCUCCCGCUCCAUCACGUGUUCGUGGAAGCAUUGAUCACUCUGUUUUUCCAUUAAUGGAACCUGUGCUAUGCCAUGGACAGGUCGUGCUGAUGCUGUUUUUAUCUUCAAGCUGUCAGCCACCUCCUGGGCUCUACCAUGGUCAGCAUACAGGUGGAAACAGGGUCUUCUUUACCCCUGGGAUGACUGUAGACUACACCUGUGACUCUGGCUACUUGCUUGUGGGAAACAGAUCCAUUCACUGUAUGCCUUCAGGAAAUUGGAGUCCUUCUGCCCCUCGGUGUGAAGAAGCACCAUGCCAGCCUUUGAAAGAAGAUCUUCGAGAGCUUCCAGUUGAUGCAUCUGUGGUACCAGUUAAUACAUCCUGCCAAGAUGGGUACCAGUUGACUGGAUAUGCUUAUUGGAAAUGUCAAGAUGAUAAGAAUGGGGUUUGGUUCAAAAAGAGUCCACUUUGUAAAGGUAAGUUAGAAAAAAUCGAGAAAAGUAUACGGUGCAUAAAGGAUUCUAAAGGACGUGGAUCUUGGAGUGGACCUCCCCCACGGUGCUUAAAAUCUCCCCCUGUGACUCACUGCCCUAACCCAGAAGUCACACAUGGAUACAAACUAAAUAAAACUCAGUCUUCAUAUUCCCACAAUGACAUAGUGUAUGUUGCCUGCAAUCCUGGCUUCAUCAUGAAUGGCAGUAACUUGAUUAAGUGUAAUACCAACAACAAAUGGGAGCCAGCUGUACCAACUUGUAUCAAAAAGGCUUUCACAGGAUGUCAGCAUCCAUUUAAGAUCCCCAAUGGGAAUCAUACUGGUGGAGACAUAGCUCGAUUUUCUCCUGGGAUGUCAGUCCUGUACACAUGCAGCCAAGGCUACCUGCUGGUAGGUGAAGCACUCCUUCUUUGCACAUACGAGGGAACCUGGAACCGACCUGCCCCUUAUUGUAAAGAGGUGAACUGUAGCUUCCCAGAGCAUAUAAAUGGAAUCCAGAAUGGGCUAGAGCCUGGAAAGAUGUAUCAGUAUGGAGCUGUCGUCACUCUAGAGUGUGAAGAUGGGUAUACCCUGGAAGAAAGUCCUCAGAGCCAGUGUCAGGAAGAUCACCGAUGGAACCCUCCCCUGGCUGUUUGCAAAUCACCAAGUGAGUACAAAGGGCUUGACAGAGCAGGAAUUUCAUUAACUGCCCUACCCACGCGGAUUCUUGCGAAGAGGGAAUGUGCAGAGGUGUGUGGACGUGAAGCUCUGAACCAGGAGCUGCCCAUCUUCGUUCGCAGAAUACUUCAAGGAACUAAAAGCACUGCCAGAUUUUUCUCCUCUAAGAGGAGUCCGGGGCCUCUCCGACCGCCAGCGCCCUCUGUCUCCUGCUCCGGAGGAGCCUUUCUGGCGGUCCUAGCGCUGCUCGCGCUACCGGCGGCCUGGGGUGAGAUGCUGGCGGGCGCGGGAGCCGGCGCAGCGAACGGGGCGGCCGGGGCAGCUGGGGCGGUGCAGGCACGGCCCGGCUGGCGCUCGCGCGCCUCGCAGAGUCGCUCUUGGGGGCUGAGUGUGCGAGUAGGCAGGUCGGCUCUGGGAUCCCCUGCGCCCGGAGACCCUGAUGGCGCUGGAAGAUCAUGCAAAACUCCUGCAGAUCCUCUGAAUGGCGUGGUGCACAUAGACACAAACACCCAGUUCGGAUCCAGAAUUACAUAUUCUUGUAAAACAGGGUAUCGACUUGUUGGUCACUCAUCUGCUGAAUGUAUCAUCUCAGGCUAUUCUGUCAUUUGGGACACGGAGCCACCAGUUUGUGAACAAAUUUUGUGUCCAAGUCCUCCAGACAUCCUUAAUGGGAGACACACAGGAAACCCUCUGGAAGUCUUUCCUUUUGGAACAGAAGUGACUUACACGUGUGACUCGCAGCCAGAGACGGGGGUGAUCUUCAGCCUCACUGGGGAGAGCACCAUCCGCUGCACCAGUGAUGGUCACGGGAACGGGAUUUGGAGCAGCUCUGCCCCUCGCUGUGAACUUCCUGGUCGCUGUACCGCCCCAAAUCCUUUUCAGUUUGCCAAAUUGAAAAUCCCAACCAAUGAAUCUGAGUUUCCCAUUGGGACCUCUUUAAAGUAUGAAUGCCGCCCUGAGUACCGGAGGUACUCAUUCUCUAUCACGUGUCUAGCAAACCUCACGUGGUCCAGUGUCAAAGAUGUCUGUAAACGAAAGUCAUGUGAAACUCCUGCAGAUCCUGUGAAUGGCAUGGUGCACGUAGACACAAACACCCAGUUUGGAUCCAGAAUUACAUAUACUUGUAAUAGAGGGUAUCGACUUGUUGGUCACUCAUCUGCUGAAUGUAUCAUCUCAGGCUAUUCUGUCAUGUGGGACACGGGGCGACCAGUUUGUGAACUUUCUCCAGUAAAAUCAUGUGCUGCCUUGUUGGACCAGCUCCCUAAUGGCCGAGUGCUAGUUCCACUUAAUCUCCAGCUUGGGGCAAAAGUGUCCUUCGUUUGUGAUGAGGGAUUCCAGUUAAAAGGCAGUUCUGCUAGUUACUGUGUCUCGGUUGGAACGGAAAGCCUUUGGAACAGCAGUGCUCCUGUGUGUGAGCAAAUUUUGUGCCCAAAUCCUCCAGACAUCCUUAACGGGAGACACACAGGAAUCCCUCUGGAAGUCUUUCCUUUUGGAACAGAAGUGACUUACACGUGUGACUCGCACCCAGAGACGGGGGUGAUCUUCAGCCUCACUGGGGAGAGCACCAUCCGCUGCACCAGUGAUGGUCAUGGGAACGGGAUUUGGAGCAGCCCUGCCCCUCGCUGUGAAUUUCUUGGUCAGUGCUCACUGCCCCAUCCUUUUGAUUUUGCCAAGUUGAAAAUCCCCACCAAUGAAUCUGAGUUUCCCAUUGGGACUUCUUUAAAGUAUGAAUGCCACCCUGAGUACCACAGAUACUCAUUCUCUAUCACGUGUCUAGCAAACCUCACGUGGUCCAGUGUCGAAGAUGUCUGUAAACGAAAGUCAUGUGAUACUCCUGCAGAUCCUGUCAAUGGUGUGGUGCACUUAGACACAAACACCCAGUUCGGAUCCAGAAUUACUUAUUCUUGUGACACAGGGUAUCGACUCAUUGGUCACUCAUCUGCUCAAUGUAUCAUCUCAGGCGAUUCUGUCAUUUGGGACACGGGGCGACCAGUUUGUGAACGUAUUCUUUGUGGACCACCCCCAGCCAUAGCCAAUGGAGGGUUCAUUAGCACCAAUAGAAAAUAUUUUCCAUACAGAACAGUGGUGACCUACCGCUGCAACCUUGGAGAGAGAGGGAUAAAUCUGUUUGACCUCGUGGGUGAGCCGUCCAUAUACUGCACCAGCGAAGACAAUCAAGUUGGCAUCUGGAGCGGCCCUCCCCCUCGCUGCAUUAUUAACAAGUGCACGCCUCCAGAAGUUGAAAACGGCAUUAGGAUGCCUGAGAACAGAAGCUUAUUCUUUUUACAUGAAAUGGUGAGAUUUACGUGUCAGCCUGGCUUUGCCAUGAAAGGACCCUCCACUGUUCAAUGCCAAGCUCCAAACCAGUGGGUGCCGGAGCUGCCCAGCUGCUCCAGGGUAUGUCAGCCACCUCCCCAAAUCCUGCAUGGUCAUCACAGCCCAAAUGACAAGGAUGACUUUUCCGCUGGGCAGGAAGUGUUCUACAGCUGUGAGCCCGGCUAUGAUCUCAGAGGGGCUGCUUCUCUGCGCUGUAUGCCCCAGGGAGACUGGAGCCCAGCAGCCCCCACGUGUGCAGUAAAAUCAUGUGCUGCCUUGUUGGACCAGCUCCCUAAUGGCCGAGUGCUAGUUCCAGUUAAUCUCCAGCUUGGGGCAAAAGUGUCCUUCGUUUGUGAUGAGGGAUUCCAGUUAAAAGGCAGUUCUGCUAGUUACUGUGUCUCGGUUGGAACGGAAAGCCUUUGGAACAGCAGUGCUCCUGUGUGUGAGCAAAUUUUGUGUCCAAGUCCUCCAGACAUCCUUAACGGGAGACACACAGGAAACCCUCUGGAAGUCUUUCCUUUUGGAACAGAAGUGACUUACACGUGUGACUUGCACCCAGAGACGGGGGUGAUCUUCAGCCUCACUGGGGAGAGCACCAUCCGCUGCACCAGUGAUGGUCACGGGAACGGGAUUUGGAGCAGCUCUGCCCCUCGCUGUGAACUUCUUGUGAAAUCUUGUGCUGACUUCUUGGACCAACUCCCUAAUGGACAUGUACUCCUUCCACCUAAUUUCCAAAUUGGGGCCAAAGUGACCUUCAUUUGUGAUGAAGGGUUUCGAUUAAAAGGCAGCUCAACUAGUCACUGUUCCUUGGUUGGAGUGAAAAGCUUUUGGAACAGCACUGCUCCUGUGUGUGAACUCUCUCACCAAGAGAGAGGAAAGACCUUCAGCCUCAUUGGGGAGAGCACCAUUCGCUGCACAAAAGACAAUCAGGGGAAUGGGGUUUGGAGUGGCCCUGCCCCUCUCUGCGAACAUUCUGGUCCUGCUGCUUGUCCACAUCCACCCAAGAUUCACAAUAGCCACCACAUUGAAGGACAUGCAUCUCCAUAUCUUCCUGGGAUGACAGUCAAAUACACUUGUGACUCAGACUACACGUCAGUGGGAAAGGCCUUCUUUUUCUGUACACAUCAGGGGGCCUGGAGCCAGUUUGAUUGCUAUGGCAAAGAAGUAAAAUGUAGCCUCCCACAGACUAUGAAUGUAAUCCAGAAGGAACUGGAAAUGAGAAAAGUUUAUCACUAUGGAGAUAAUGUAACUUUGGAGUGCGAAGAUGGGUAUACUCUGGAAGGCAGUCCCUGGAGCCAGUGCCAGGAAGAUGACAUAUGGGACCCUCCUCUGGCCAUAUGUACAUCUCGUAUGUGCAGUUGCAAGGAAUGUAGAUCCUUCCCAGUCAUGAUCACUGUUCAUUCAUUCAUCCAUACUGUCAUUGAAUGUGGCAUGUGGAAGUUUAUGGCAUGUGCUAAGAGCUAAGGAGUGCAAUGAGAGCCCCUAAUUGUUCCCCCAAAAUCCUUAGCAGUGAGAAUAAGGCAAGCUUUACUCCUCGCACUUCUCAACCCAUUCAUCUCUCUUCAGGGCCCCCUCUGAACCUUUUAUGUCCAUAUCACUCUAUUGUUAAAUGCAUUGUACAGUAAUAAUUUGAUUAC